CGCCAUUUUUCUCAAGGCUUCAUUGAUUACAGAGCUAAGCUUAACUCUUUUGAUAGAAACAAAUAUCUACAAAAAUAAAUAUAGCAAGUGGGUAUAUGCCCAUGCUUCCACUGAUGAUUCCUUUAUUGAUUUACCAAAUCUAUCUCUAAAAAUCAAGUCUUGUAAAUCCAUUCUGAAUUUUUGUAGAUCUAAACCCAAAUACGUCACCAGAUUUUCUCAGCUUACCUUUCUUCAUCUAGUUAUUUCGAAAGUUGAAGCAGUUUAUUGCAUAAUUGAUGAUUUAAUGGAGUACCCAGUUCGUGAUUUGAUAGAAUUCGACAGUUUUGAUCAAAGUCAAGGUGAUCUGGGUUUGGGUUUUGUUUGGUAUUCUCUUAAAUUAAGAAUUAGGGUUAGGGUUAGGUUAUGAGCUUAACAAGUGAUGUGGGUUUUGUGGAUUUGACUUGUUUGAGCUACUACUGAAUUACGGUUUUGUAUCUUUCUACCAUUGAAAAUAUAAUAUUGGCUUCUGGGUUGUAAUUGUACUGGUAAUGGAUUACCAUCGGGACACUGAGUUUUCUGGUGGAAAUGUUGUUCCGGUAUUUACUGGACCCCAGAGCGACGGUGGUGAUGAGAAUUGGGAUUCGGGGUUGGUUGACCAGGCGGUUUGGGCAACUGAAGAUGAUUAUGGGGCUUGGAAUAGAGAAGCUUCUGUUGACACUAAUUCUAAUUCAAAUUACGAAACUCGGUCUGGAAGUGAACCGCCAAAUAAGAAAUCAAGAAACUCCCAAUCGGGUGAUAGUCGGUCAAAGGCAAUUGGAAAGAUGUUUUUCAAAACCAAACUAUGCUGCAAAUUCCGAGCAGGGACUUGCCCGUAUAUCACAAACUGCAAUUUUGCACAUAGUAUUGAAGAGCUUCGAAGACCACCUCCCAAUUGGCAAGAGAUCGUGGCGGCCCAUGAGGAGGAACGAGGUGUAUCACCGGAGCCAAGGGAGGAAUUCCAAAUUCCCUCACUUGGGUCCACUGGUUUUACUGGGGAUAGUCAGAGGUCCUAUAAAGGGCGACAUUGCAAGAAGUUCUAUACCGAGGAGGGCUGUCCAUAUGGUGAUAAUUGUACUUUUCUUCAUGAUGAGCAGUCAAAAGCAAGAGAGAGUGUGGCCAUAAGUUUGGGUCCUGGGAGUGGUGGGGGAUAUGGUGGCAAUGGGGGCAAUUCAGGCAAUUCGAGUGGAUCAAACGUGAAGCCAUCCAAUUGGAAAACUAGGAUUUGUAACAAGUGGGAGAUGACAGGGUAUUGCCCAUUUGGAAACAAGUGCCAUUUUGCUCAUGGGGCUCAAGGGGGUGGGCCUUGGUGCAACGGUAAAAUUGAUCUACUGCAAACUAAGCAUCACGGGUCAAAACACGGCAACAGCCUCUUCGCACCCGAGGAAUUGCAUCGUUAUGGUGGGGGGCUUAUGGAGGGAGAUGCUAGGGAUUCUUCCUCUGCUCCUCCGGACAUAAAGCAGGGUUCAGUGCCUUCAAAAACUCCAGCCGAUACUGUGGUUGUGUCUGUCACUUCAGUUCCUCAUUCAGAUGGUUACCAUGUUGGAGUCCCAUCACAGCGGUUGUCCAAUGUAAUCCAGAGGACGGGGCAGAGAGCUCACCAGAAAUGGAAAGGUCCGGACAAAAUUAGUAGAAUAUAUGGUGACUGGAUCGAUGACGUCGAAUAGAAUUUGAAAUUCCUCAUCGGCAUAUAUUGAAGACCAUCAGAGAGAACUUGUUAUACAUUUGCAUGAAAGAAGUUUUCCACAAAAGAAAAAACGAAUCAGCUCUUUCAUAGAUAGGUGCUUCUCUUGCUCUCUAGCUUUCAGAUUUAAGGGGAGAUUAAUUUUUUCUGUUCUUUUGAAGUUUUUUCGGCAACAUGUUGGCUUGUAGAGUUUUAAGCACAUGCAUAAAUUGUCAAGCUAUCUAUUUUCAUGUUUUGAAAAGUUUGUAGAACUUUUGUAGUCUUUUUGUCAUCACAUGUAUGAGUCAGAUGUUGUUUCUUAUCUAUAAAAUGUUGUAUCAAUUGACAACAUGUACCUCUUGAA